AUGCCGGCCCACAUCAGAACAUAUGAUGGGACUGAAGAUCCUGAAGACCAUCUUCAGAUCUUUACCGGAGCAGCAAGAAUCGAGAAAUGGUCGAACGCUGAAUGUUGCUUAAUGUUCAUGCAAACCCUUGUGGGAUCGGCAAGAAUCUGGUUCAAUGACUUACCUGCUCAAAGCGUUCGAAGCUUUGACGAUCUUAGCAAGGGGUUCUUAGCCAAUUUCUCCCAGCAAAGGCGAUAUGUCAAAGAUGCUACAGUGAUUUUCCAGAUCAAGCAAAGAGAUGACGAAAGCCUUCGGGAAUUCAUAGAAAGAUACAAGAGGGAAGGCCUAACUUAUGUGGGAGCAGACGAGAAAAUGAGGGUGGCCGGUUUUAUGAACGCCAUAACAUCCAAAUACCUCACAAGAGAUUUCAACAAAUCCCUCCCCAAGACCUUGGAAGAAGCUCUUGAAAGGGCUGAGGCCCACAUUCGAGGAGAAGAGUCAGUGGAUAUCAAAGAACAAAGGAAGAGAGGGUCCAGCUGGCGAGACCAUCGAAGGUCUGAAGGUCGCAACCCUUCCAACAGGGAAAAAGGCAUGAGUUUCAUCCAUCUCACCAAAACUCCUCAAGAAAUCCUGGCAACCGAAGAGGUUAAGCAAAACUUUCGACCUCCUAGGCCUCUCCCCAAAAGCAGAAAGAAUGAAAACUCCACACAAUAUUGUGAAUUUCAUGAAGAAAAGGGCCACCACACCAAUGACUGCUUCCAACUUAAGAAAAGAAUUGAAGAAGCUGUCAAGUCCGGAGAACUUGCUCACUUGGUGAAAGGAGUAAGGGACAAAAUGGCUGAAGGAAAAGGUAAGGAAGUCAAUAUGGUGGAUUUUGAUGGAAGGGUUCCACAGAAGAGACAACGGUUGGAGGCUUGGGAGCUUCAGUGUGUUUGCUUUCCCCCAACAGAGAAAGACCCUCUUUAA